AGUACGUGGAGCACCUGAAGGACGAGGGCCGCGUGUGCCGCAUCAUCGCGCGGCUGCAGCGUUACCUGCAGGGCAAGGGCAGCCCCGAGGAGCUGUGCCGCGUUUACCUGCGCCGCGUCCUCCACACCUACUACAAGUUCGACUACGGCGCCGCCCGCAGGAAGGGCCAGGUGAGGGACGGCCAGGUGAGGGACGGCCAGGUGAGGAAGGACGGCCAGGUGAAGGAGGACGGCAAGGAGAAGGAGGACGGCAAGGAGAAGGAGGACGGGCAGGAGAAGGAGGCCGGGCAGAAGGACGGACAGGUGGAGGACGGACAGGUGAAGGAGGAUGGACAGAAAGACGGACAGGUGAAGGAGGAUGGACAGGUGAAGGAGGACGGACAGGUGAAGGAGGAGGAGGAGGAAGAGGAGGAGGAUUCGGAGGCCUUGAUGGAGAGGUUGUGCAGGUUCGUGUACGCCAAGGACCGCACGGACCGGAUCCGCACCUGCGCCAUCCUGUGCCACAUCUACCACCACGCCCUGCACAGCCGCUGGUACCGCGCCCGCGACCUGAUGCUGAUGUCACACCUGCAGGACAACAUCCAGCACGCCGACCCACCUGUGCAGAUCCUCUACAACCGCACCAUGGUCCAGCUGGGCAUCUGCGCCUUCCGCCAGGGGCUGAUCAAGGACGCGCACAACGCCCUGCUGGACAUCCAGAGCUCCGGCCGCGCCAAGGAGCUCCUGGGCCAGGGCCUCCUCCUGCGCAGCCUCCAGGAGCGCAACGCCGAGCAGGAGAAGGUGGAGAAGCGCCGCCAGGUGCCCUUCCACAUGCACGUCAACCUGGAGCUGCUCGAGUGCGUCUACCUGGUGGCGGCCAUGCUGCUGGAGAUCCCCUACAUGGCGGCGCACGAGUUCGACGCCCGCCGCAGGAUGAUCAGCAAGCAGUUCCACCACCAGCUGCGCGUCGGGGAGAGGCAGCCGCUGCUCGGUCCCCCCGAGUCCAUGCGGGAGCACGUGGUGGCCGCCUCCAAGGCCAUGAAGACGGGCGACUGGCGCCGCUGCCAUCGCUUCGUGGUCAACGAGAAGAUGAACGGCAAAGUCUGGGACCUGUUCCCCGAGGCCGACCAGGUGCGCGCCAUGCUGGUCAGGAAGAUCCAGGAGGAGUCGCUGCGCACGUACCUGUUCACCUACAGCAGCGUCUACGACUCCAUCAGCAUGGAGACGCUGGCGGCCAUGUUUGAGCUGGACCUGCCCACGGUGCACGGCAUCAUCAGCAAGAUGAUCAUCAACGAGGAGCUGAUGGCCUCGCUGGACCAGCCCACGGCCACGGUGAUGAUGCACCGGACGGAGCCGACGGCCACGCAGAACCUGGCGCUGCAACUGGCCGAGAAGUUGGGGAACCUGGUGGAGAACAACGAGCGGGUGCUGGACCAGAGACAGGGAGCCUACGGGGGGUACUUCAGAGACCAGAAAGAUGGCGGAUACCGCAAGGGCGACGGGUACCUGCGGCGCGGCGGCUUCCGGCAGGAACGCAGCAACUACUGAGGCACACCUGGCCCGCAGAGACACACCUGGCCCACAGCGGGACCCUCACCUGCCCCAGAGAUCCAUCACCUGCCCCACAGAACCCUCACCUGUUCUGAAAAUCCCCACAGCUGGGCAAAGAGCCAUCACCUGCCCCACAGAGGCCUCACCUGCCCCACAGAGGCCUCACCUGCCCCACAGAGGCCUCACCUGCCCCAUAGGUCCCUCACCUGUUCCAUCGAGGGUCCCGCGGCUGGAAAUUAAUAAAUGAGUAAUUAAAGACUGCGUUAA